CGAAAACAAAGAUUACCCUCCAAGUCUUUCUCCACCAUAUAUAGGCUACAAGUUCAGAUCACAAGAGGCAAUAAAGAAAAGAAUAUUAUGGGAAACAUGAAGGCAAUUAGGCCAUUAGCUUCCUUGGUUAUUGUUCUACUAGUUGCAGGUGUGAUGAGCACAUGGGAUGUGAAAACAGCAAGCGCAGCUCUGAGUGCUGCACAGUGCAAGGAAGAGAGGAGGCUUGGGCUUAAUGCUUGCAAACCAGUAGUAUAUGGCAGGCCUCCAUCGCCUCAAUGUUGUGAACGUAUAAGAGUUACCCACAUUGAAUGUGUGUGUCCUGAUGUCACCCCUAAAAUCGCUGCCCUUAUUGACAUUAACCGUGCCGUUCGAAUCAUUGAAGGCUGCGGCAGAAGGGUUCCUCGCCAUUACAAGUGUGGAAGUAUCACCACUCCAUGAAAACUGGGCUGGCUGCGUGAUCGAUGUGUUUGAUUUCUGGUUGCUUUCAAGCGUGAUGCCUUCUUCAACAAUUCACUCGAUCUCUGAGGUUGGAGAAGACUUAUGGGUAUUUAUAUUAGCACAAUACUAGAACUUGAAUAAGUAUAUGGGUCAUUUAAAUCCAUGGCAUUCCGCCAUGACUGAUAAUAGGUAUAGAUGUAAUACAGGCCAAGAAUAACCAGAUUAAUUUAUCUUGUUCAAUGCAUGUGGAAGCAUUAGUAUU